AUGCUCACCCGGCCGCCAAUUCUGUGUCCUAUGCCAGGAAGCUCGAGUCUUACCCCUGUCUAUCGCCGGUUCGAGGCUCUCAACCACCGACUCCUUCUCCAAGUCCAAGACGAGAUCGUGCAACUUGAACAAGAGCUCGAGAGUCUCGAUGCAGAGGACACCAUGUCACGAUACGGACCCAUGGGCUGUGCGCCUGCGUCGCGACGCGCCGAAAGCAUGGCGCAGGGUGAAUUGGGCUGGCGAAAGCAUGCGCUCUACAUGGACAUAGGUCUCAAGCUAGCGCAGUAUAGCAAACUAAUUGAAUCCUUCCGAACCAUGCAGUCUCUGCCACCCCCUUCCGUCCACGAGGUUGGGGAAUACAAGGCUUUCCUAGCCCGAACCAUGGCCAUCUGUGAGCCGGAAACAAGGUUCUUGCAGGUAGAGAAUGAUCUCAUGUCGAUGCCACGACAAGAAUGGGACGAGACUGGACCACCCGAGUUUCCCGGUGAUUUUGAACGGGGGGGUCCGCCUUUUGAGCAGUUGAUGCCACCCAUGCCUGCGCCUCCGCUGCAGCUCUCCCCAAAGCUUGAUACUGCGCUUGCUGGUGAUGCAAAGGUCUCUGCAACACAGGCACAUGAGCUGAGGAACAAGUCACCGUUGCAUUUGGUAUAUGCGGCUUUUCUUGCUGUGGCUAUCCCCGUUGCCACUUUUACCGUGGUGCAUGGCUUGGGAGAACGCAUGGUGAUUGUGCUGCUGGUAUUUUCGGGCGUCGCAACUGCAGUGUACCAGUCUGGUCUCGUAGCAGAGCAAGGUGUUGUCGAAUGUGUGGGCUGCGCAGGAUUGUACGGGAUGCUGAUGGCAGGCCUCGCGCAUGUGUUUGUCUACUAG